AUACUUGCAGAAGCUAUCAUCCAGUGUUUAAAAGAAUACGAAACAGUACGACUUUUGAGACGUCUUAACCCGUGGCAGCCUAUAAAUAGAUUCCGCUGUAUUGGAUUCCUCGCUGACGUCAACGGCGCACAAAACAGUCGCUGAUUUCGGUAUCCUUUUGUUGAAGCAAUUACUGCUCUACUCAACCCACACCGGUUACCAUCGAUAAGUGGUAGCGUCAUCGUCAGGAUGAGCUUGCGAUGGAUACAGGAGAACCAGGAAGCUCCGAUCGUCGACGAGGAGUCGAGUGACAUCGAAGACAGCAGCGGCGACAACACCGACGAUCAAAUUGACCACCUGAGCGUCGAAGAGGACGACGUCGAGGCCGAAGGCGAAGUCGCCGAGCAUCGACGACAAAAACGGGAAACCUUUCGGCAUCCAACCACGACGGUUUCGCUGAGAGACAUCAGAAGAAAAGCCAUGGAACAGGGCUACGAUCCGAAUAUUCCCAUGGGAAACCCCACCUACGGUCCCGUGAUGCAGCUGCAUUCUAUGACCGGAUAUCGCCUGGCUAUUCUACCCUGUGGAAAAGUCCGAGGACUCGAAUGCGAGUGCAGUCCUUACGCGAUACUCAAAGUGACCGUUUUAUCGUUCGAUAUUGUCGUCCAAAUCGAGGGAUUGGAAACCGGAUUGUUUUUGGCGAUGAAUGCGAGGGGUCGAUUGUACGGAGAGAGAAACAAGGAUAAGGACAACACGACUUGGCAGCAUCUUACGGUCCGUUCCUACGAUUCGUAUCGCUCUGUAAAAUAUGCAGACCGCGAAUGGUACGCCGGAAUAAAAUCAAACGGACGUCCAAAGAACGGAAGAAAGACAGCGAUCAAUCAAAAGGCGACCAAAUUUUUACCAAUCCGAUGAAAAGAUCAGCCGCGGAAGAAAAAUUCAACUGUAUUAUUAUUAUUAUUACCAUCAUCAUCAUCAUCAUCAUCAUCAUCAUCAUUGUUAUUGAUUUUAGUUUUAUAGAUUAUAUAUUAUACACCGGACUAGAUGCGUAAAACGUAUUAUAAUAUAUGCAUAGAUGUUAAACAUCCUUCAAAUGUUCAUGUUUAUGGAUAUUGAACGUAGCGUAGAUGUAUUUUUUUUUAAACACUAUACAUAUUUAUACGAAGUAUA